AUGUCGCGCCGCGGCCAUGGAUCCAACUGGCAGGGCUCGCAUAACCCCAACAUGGCACCGCUACCAGCAAGACCACGCGGAGGCAUAGGCAGUUCCAGCUCCAGCACACCCGGCUACGGCGGCCACUCUGCCUCACCUCAUUCUGGCUACGGCAGUCCCAGCAUACGAACACCUGCGUACGGCGACACACGCAGUCCUCUUCCCGAGCAUGCUUCCUCCUCUGCAUCCUCUUCGGGUCCUGAAGGCGCAACGACGCUCUUUGUGGGCAGCAUUUCACCCGGCAUCUCCGACUCGUGGCUCACUCAGCUGCUCGAAGCGUGCGGCAACCUCCGAUCCCUCAAGAGGGCCACCAAGGCGUUUGGAUUCGCCGAGUAUGCGGAUCCGGACUCGGUGCUUCGCGCGAUCGAGGUGCUCCACGGACGAGAGCUGCCGUCGAUGGGAGCGGAAGCUUCGGCGCCGUCCAAGAAGCUUCUCGUCAAGGCAGACGAGCGCACCAAGCGCUUCUUGGACAACUAUCAGCAGGGCCGCACUGCUUCCUCCGAUGACAGGUCAAGAGAGGGUCGAGCGCUGGCGGCAGUCAAGGACAUCGUGCGCAAGAUGUCGGAUCCUCAUGCCGAAGUCGAGACUGAUCCUUCAAAGCCUGGCUACGUCGUUCCUGAUCAUCUCAAGGAUCUUCCACCGGAGGAGCUACCAGAAGAUCAGCGAGCUACCGUGCUUUCUGAGAUCGAGCAGUUCCGUCUGCAAGCCGCGGCAAGAGAUGCCGAGACCAAACGCAGAGAAGCAGAAUACGAAAGGCAGAGAGCCGUAGAGCGUGCUAGGAGGGAGAAUAUGCAGGCUACAGCAGCAGCGUCUUCCUCGUCCUCUACACGGAAUGGCCGCCCAGCCGACGACCCGCAGAGCUAUCGCAGACCCGUCGAGUUCCACGCUGCUUCCUACGACCCCAAGACAGAUGCGGCGCGCGAGCCAGAGGAAGUGGACGAGCUUGCAGAGCAGGAACGACAAGAACGCAAAAAAGCGGCAGCAGCAGCUCGUGCAGCCGAUGCCGAACGAGCCUAUCUUGUACGCGAACGUCAACGUCUUGCGCAUUGGGACAAGGAGCAGGACCGCGAGCAGGUUGAAGCGGAAAAGUGGGAGCGCGAAGGUGUUGCCAUGCUCCGAAGGUACGAGGAUUGGAGUGACGACAGCGCGACACGUAAGGAACUUUUCUACACCGACCGACAACGAUGGCGUCAAUUCCGCGCAUCGGCGAGACGCAGAGAGGAAGAGGCAGACGGAAGGGAUCGUGUCGCCGAAGCCGCAGAGAAGGCUCGAGCUCAGCAGGAGAGCGAGGACUUCUUGGCAGUGCAGGCUGCCGAGAUGGCAAAACUCACCGAGCAGCAGCGCGCGUCCGGCGUGUUGGUGCAGGAAGGCGGUGCGCUUGCGCCGAUCAAGUUCAACUUUGCCGGCAGCAACAGCAAAGCGGACAAAGCAGACGCUGGUGCUGGCGUUGCAAUCGCGACGAAUGGGGCGAGUGCGCAGCACGGCGCUGGUGUGGCAGUCAAGACCGCACCGGCUGUGCUCGGCGACGCCGACGAGGAUGAGCAGUCCAAACGCACAGGCAGACUCAAGCACAUCAAGCUCGACAACGAUCUGCCGGAAGACGUCAAGGCGGCUAAAUUGGCUCAGCUGGCAGACACGUUGCCCAAGGAUACGGCAUCGCUGUUCGCACAGUCGCCCAAGUGGGAGUACGUCGACGAACGAAUCAUCCAGUUCAAGUACAGGCCUUGGGCCGAUGCCGAGAUCGAAGAGAGUCUCGGCGAGAAGGUGGAUGAGUUGGUGACGGUCAUCAUCGAGGCAUUGCAGAAUCAGUCGAGCGCGACGGCGCUCGUGGAGCAGGUCGAGCCAGUUCUGGCAGACGAAGCCGAAGCGUUUGUCGACAAGCUCUGGCGCCUCGUCAUUGUCGAUUCGCUCGCCGCCGCCGAGGGUAUCAACGUCUAG